AUGGUAUAUGAUUUGCUGACUACGGCACCUCGAAACCUCAAAGAUGCCAUUGAUUGGUUGAUGGCCAUUAAGGGGACGGAUUCUAUAGAUGCUUUGGGGGCAGCAGUUCACAAGGUGCUCGAAGAACACCCUGUUGGGUUCAAGUUGUUACCAUCUAUCGGCAAUAUGAAAUAUAUUACAAAGAGAUUUCUGGAGCAAGAUGAGCUUAAGGGUCAGUGGUUCGUUAAAGAACUGCUGAAACGAUUCAAUACACGCAUGGCGAAAGACCCUAAACAACUCUCCAAGACCUUAGAAUAUAUCCGUGAAAGCGAUUAUCAGAACAUCGUGCAGGCCAAGCCGAUUGGUCCUGAAGACGUCACAAGUAACGUGCGUAAAAUUGUGGAUGGCUGUGAGAAGUUCUUGGAUGAUCUUAAGAACCCUGACAAGUAUAUAUCUACCUACAGUUCAAAAGCGACAUGGGAUGCAUCAUGUUCGAAAUACCCGGAAGGUUGUGCAAAGGUUCUCGUGGGAAUCGCGCCGAUGUUAUACGCAGGUCUACGCUAUUUGCGAUUUGCAAGCAAUGCAGAAACCGGAGUAUGGCAAAUAGUUAAUGCAAAGGAGCGUUUGGGAAAUAUGUUGAAAGUUGUGGGUUACAAAGAGUCGGAAUGCCGUGCUGGCAUGAGUGGUUCAGAUAUCCUCCAGGCGUUGAGCAGUGUUGAUGACAGUUUAUUGUACACGAUCUACGACCUCGCUGGCUUUUGGGCCUUUUAUUGA